AUGGCGAUUCAGGCCUCUGAUUAUGCCAAUGGUACGGACUCGGGCUCGUCAGUUAAAAUCCGCUUCCUCGGAGUUACCUCCUCAGCGAGUCACACCAGUGAAACCCAGGUCGAGGGUUGGACAGAGACCAUCUCAGACAUCUCUACUGUCUUCAACAAUAGUCCUCUUGCCCACCAUUCACACGAGAUACUCGACCUCGCAGGCUUUCUCCACAAACUCAAGGGCAUGAAUGGCGACCAUGCCAGUGAUGUCAAGAAAACCAGGCAUCUCAUCGAGCAGUGGAAGCACGAGAGCAUUCGUAUUUCCCUUGGACAUGAAGCUAUCAUCGAAAUGUCAUCUGAAGACUUAAAGCCACUUCUUGAUGAUGCCGAAAGUUCAAAGGUUGCCGAGCUUGGUGGUCAUGACUCCUGGAUUUCGUUAUCGGCUGAAGACCAUCAGCAGCACUGGAGUCAGAUCAUGGACAUGCUUGCAUUGCGGUUAGGUACAGAGUGCUUUGACCAGCUUCCUGCAGAAAUUCAGCGAGAGCACGACCUCUUCUUUUUUGGACUCAAUGCUGUGAAGGGUGGUAACACUGCCAUGAUGGCAGUCUGGGAUUCAAAAGAGAGUUCUGAUAGGCCCGUUCUUCUCGCAAACAAGGACAACGAUGCGACAAUUCGCCUGUCAUCAUUAUCAGAUGGUUCAUCGGCUGCAGUUGAGCGUGCACUCAAGCUAACGAAACAUGGAGCAGCCAAGCUGAUCGAGAUCGCGGGUAAUAUACUGAAUCACAAGGACGACAAGAAGGGACUUCAGGACUUUCACCAUCUCAUGAUGGAAGAGUUGACUGACGGUGCUUGUUCUUCAUUCCCCGACACCAGCAACACCAGGUACCAAACAUAUGGUGCAGCUGCAUGUCAUAUCAUCAAAUUUUGGCCCCAGUACAUCGAACUACUCGAGCUCGCACGUAUUUCCAAGGAGAACGAGACAUUCAACCAACCAUAUGGAGAAGAAUCUUUAUGCUGGCCUUCAUUGCUGGAGAACUCGCUUGGAAUUCACGAGCUUGGUGCACUCUGGGGGGAGCCUUGGGAAGAUCCGACCACCAUCACUGCCUGUCUCGAUCUUUACGACAGCCUUACCUUGGAGCAGCAGGACCUUGCAAAAGAGCUUCUUUGUGCAUUUUUCAAGGGCGAACUCAAACCUAUGAACGAUUUACACUCGAGUUUGCGCCUGGUGGUCUGGUUGCAACAUCAACACAAGCCGAAAGGGAUGCCGCUCACAUGCCUGCCACGAAUGAUGCUAACAAAGCUGAUGUUCAAUCGCAAUAACACGCAGGCCUUCAUGAACGCACACUUUACAACCGAUGACCAUAAAUACACGAUGCUUCUAGCAUGGAAGAAGGAGAAGAUCGCAAGAAAGAAGAAGCAGAAGGCCGUUGAGAGGGCAUCAAAGAAGGCACACAUCGAAGAGACACUCAACGCUACACAGAUUGUCUUUGAUUGGGUCGUUAUCGAAAAAAUGAAUGUUCGGACACUUGAUGCACAACUCGACAAGCUGAAGGCUCUCGGUGUCCCAGACAUCAAGCCAAAGUCUCGGCGUGGUGUAUGGGCUGUCAAACUCCAAUCUCUCAUGACGGCACUCGCAUCUUACUUCAACAUGCUGUUGCAAACUCCAGUGGAGCCAGUUUUGCCUCAAAACCUGGAGGACACCACAGAUACCCACGGAGAUGAGCUUAUUGAGUCGUAUGGGGAGGAAGAUGAUAUGGACUUUGAUGAUGAGUAG